GGUCGGCCAUGGCAGCGGCGCGGCGACACAAGCGUCUGCUGCUGAGCUUCGGUGGGACUGUGGCGGCGGGCUGCGCGUUGGCGGCCGCGGUGUGCGCCGCACUUCCUCGCUGGUUGGACGGCUUGGUCCUCUGCAGAACUGGAGCAGAACUCGUCAACGCCACGGGGAGCGAGCUCGACAAGUUCGUGGGGCGCCUCGCCUAUGGACUCUUCCACGGAGAGAGAGUCAAGACCUGCGGCUUGGGCGGAAGGACCUCACGAUUCUCAAUCUUUUCAGAGUUGUUGGACGCCAUCCCAGCAGGUCUGCAUGUGACCAUCAUCUUCUUCUGUGGCGCGUUGAUCGUCUUCUCGUCCGUGUCGAGCGGCUUCUUCUUCUUCAACGCCUUCGGACGUCCUUAUGAGACGGUGCACGGCCCUAUGGGACUUUACUUGUGGACGGCCAUCUGCUGUGCGUGCAGCUUCCUGGUUGUGGUUCUGUUCGUGUCCGAAGUGAAAGUCGAGCGCCUGUCGGAGCGCAUCGCCAACUUCGAGGAGGUCACCUUUGUGUUCCAGACGCACGACGAGCGCUACGACGUCUGCUUCUGGAUCCUCCUCCUGGUCUUCUUCCUGCACGUACUCAACGUGGCGGUGAUCCGACUAGCGGGGAUGAACCUCCCGGUCCUGCGGGGGAAAGACUCGGACCUGAGCGGUGGUGCCGCCGACCUCAUGUACUGAAUUGCAGUUUACUUCUUAACACGUCACAGCUAGCUAGCUACCAAGCAUCGUUGUGAGCAAGUCAUCAGAAAGUGUUACAGUGGAACCUUGAUUUACAAGCUUAUUUCGUUCGGUGACUAAGCUCAUAACUCAAUUUACUUAUAUUUCCAAUCAGUAUUCCCCAUUGAAAUGCCAUUAAUCUGUUCAAGCCCCCAAAAUAACACCACCCUUUUUUUUGUUGCAGGCUUUUAUAAAGAACAAUCGAACUUAUUGUAUAAAGAACACUAAUAAAAAAGAAUGGGGGGAAAAAUAAGCUUUCGUGUUGUAUGUGUGCCUUUAAGGGGUGUGGCCUAGUGAGGGACAGCAGGAACAUGGCAGGUUAGCCUUCAUGUGAGUUUCUGGACAUGACUUUUGGCUUACUGUGGCUCCUUGCGAGUGUUCUCUGUUGUCAGUUUGACUGCUUGUCCCGUACAGUAAAUUCAAAGGGCAUCAGCGACUGAGGCUCCCUUGCACACUUCACUCGAGCAGUGGCGUAUCUGGUGGAAAUCAGUAUAGUACAUGCAUAUCGUAGAACUAUCAUACUCCUACUGCUUCGCCAAGUCCACUACAUGCAAAACAUUGUUAUUCUGUCAUUUCAAACUGUAAUUCAAUAAAAUAAUUGACAUUAAAAAAAAAAAAAUAAAACGCUCCCAGAGUACCUUAGCCAAUGAUUCGGCAGCUAGGCUGGACCAAGUUCCCGACUGAGGGAACCACUUGAUGCGGCAGCUGAAGCAUUGAUAUUGACUGGUGAACAAUACGUUGUUUGUCGAUAUUUACCCUGACAUUGACUGGUGACCAGUUUGUUUGUCUAUAAGACUCUGCAGGCCAAUUCUAGGAUCAGCAGUUUAGGGGUGCUGGGAAUCAUUUUAUGGACGCUUAUGUGGCAUAAGUGGUCUAUGCGGUUGUUUAGGGCCACAACCGAUUGGGAGGAGGGGGGUAUACAGUAUAUACAAAUUAUAUACAUAUACGAAUUAUAUAGGUAUGUUAUGUCCAGUGGCAUCUUAAUGCCUAUAUGAGGGGGGCUUCAGUGUAUCAGUCACCAUUUCCUCAACAUUUUCAACAUGUUGACCAUAACAAGUACUCUUCAUUUUUACAGCUAAACUGACUUGCUUGGCUAAUGAGAUGCCGCCAAAACAUUUGGCCAAUCACGGUGGAGAUUGUUUGAUUGACAUUAACGUGACAAUCACAGCCAAGUAUGACGUGCUUACCGGCUGCCUUGCACUUGAUUUAGUUUUAAUUUGUGGGAAAGGUAAGAAUUCAACUAAUUUUUCGAAUGUACAGCACAAUAACAUCAGAUAAUCGAAACCAGAGGUCACGCAACAUUACGGACCUUUCGGUAGGGAUGAACCGUACUGACCAAUCACAUGCGAGUUCAGCCAAAAUUCCCAUAAACUCACUCCUAAACCUUGUUGAAAGCCUUUCCACAAGUUGAAGCUGUUACAGCUGUAAAGGGUAGACCAACAUCAUAUUAAAACCAUAUGGAUUUAUAAUGGGCUAUCACUAAAAAAACAUGAGUCAAGGCAGGUGAGCGAAUACUUUGUGCAAUAUAGUGUACAUUUCACAAAUUCUGCCAGGGUAUGUAAACUUAUGAGCACAACUGUACAUACAUACAUGUUUCUUGAUUUCUGUGUUACUUGACAAUGAUAAAUGCCAAAAGGUUUUAGGAUUUCACAGUGGUAUUGAUUACAGGCAGAUGUUGAGAUAUAACAACUUGUUUACUUAAAUAUCACAAUAAAUGGACACUAAAUGAUCAU